GAACAAUGGAGAGACAUUUUGUGUACGUUGCCACUUUUUUGCUGAUACUUCAUCUUGUUCAAGCUCAAAAUCAAACCGGAUUCAUUAGUGUGGAUUGUGGUUUAUCCCCUCUUGCAUCUCCUUACGAUGAAACAGAAACGGGCUUAACAUAUACAUCAGAUGCUAAUUUAGUAAACAGUGGGAAAAUCGGUAAAAUUGCCACGGAAUUCGAACCGUUCUACGAUAGGCCUGCUUUGAUACUGAGAUACUUUCCCGAGGGGUUACGAAACUGCUACAAUCUAAAUGUCACCCGAGACACCAAGUAUUUGAUCAAGGCCACAUUUGUAUAUGGAAAUUACGAUGGUCUUAACGUUGUGCCAAACUUCGACCUUUACUUGGGUCCGAAUUUGUGGACAACGGUGAGUACUAAUGACACUCUAGAGGAGAUCAUCCAUGUGACCAAAUCCAACUCUUUACAGGUAUGUCUUGUUAACACGGGAAUAAGUAUACCUUUUAUAAAUAUGUUGGAGUUACGACCAAUGAAGACAAAUAUGUACGUUACUGAAAGCGGUUCACUGAAACGCUUAUUCAGGCGGUAUAUCAGCAAUUCAAGUACUCUUAUAAGGUUCCCGGAUGAUGUCUAUGACCGUAAAUGGCACCCACUCUUCAAAGACUCAUGGGCACCAGUAACUACGAAUCUCAUUGUAAACACUGGUAUUACUUAUACACUACCACAAGGUGUAAUGGCAACAGCAGGAACGCCCCUAAAGGCUAACGAUACCAUGGGUUUUACAUGGACAGUAGAGCCUCCUACUACACAGUAUUACGCUUACAUGCACUUUGCAGAGAUUCAGACUCUAAGGGCUAACGAUACAAGGGAAUUCAACGUGACACAGAAUGGAAUAUAUACUUUUGGACCUUUUAGUCCUCUACCGCUAAAAACCGCAUCCAUAUCCAACUUAAUCCCACAGAAAUGCGAUGAAGGGACAUGCAUUGUGCAGGUUGUAAAGACGCUGAAAUCUACCCUUCCACCUAUACUUAAUGCUAUCGAGGCUUUCAGUGUGAUUGAUUUCCCGCAAACGGAGACUAAUGGAGAAGACGUUGCUGGUAUCAAGAAUGUUCAAGAUACUUACGGAUUGAAUAGAAUCAGUUGGCAAGGAGAUCCAUGUGUCCCCAAACUGUUUUUGUGGGAUGGUCUAAACUGCAGCAUCUCUGAUAAUUCUACGCCACCAAUAAUCACUUCCUUAGACUUAUCCUCAAGUGGAUUAACUGGGAUCAUCACGCAUGCCAUUCAGAAUCUAACACACCUGCAAAAACUGGACUUGUCAGGUAAUAAUUUGACUGGAGAAAUACCUAAAUUUUUAGCUGACAUAAAAUCACUCUUGGUCAUAAACUUAAGUGGUAAUAAUCUCAGUGGCUCAGUUCCUCCCUCACUUCUUCAGAAGAAAGGAAUCAAGUUAAAUGUCGAAGGCAACCCUAAUCUUGUUUGCACAGCUGGUUCAUGUAUGAACAAAGGAGAUGAAGGGCAUAAGAAAAAGAGUGUCAUAGUUCCAGUUAUUGCAUCAAUCGCUUCAAUAGCUGUUCUUAUUGGUGCAUUGGUUCUGUUUUUUAUUCUUAGAAAGAAGAAGUCACCAAAAGCUGAAGUGCCACCACCAUCUUAUAUGCAAGCAUCAUCCCAACCGGCAAUAGUGGCGAAAAAUAGAAGGUUUACUUACUCACAAGUUGUGACGAUGACAAAUAACUUUCAAAGAAUCCUUGGGAAAGGAGGGUUUGGAAUUGUUUAUCAUGGUUUUGUGAACGGUACUGAACAAGUAGCUGUUAAGAUACUCUCCCAUUCAUCAUCUCAAGGAUAUAAACAAUUCAAAGCUGAAGUAGAACUUCUUCUUAGAGUUCAUCACAAGAACUUGGUCGGUCUUGUUGGAUACUGCGAUGAAGGAGAGAGCUUGGCUCUUAUCUAUGAAUACAUGGCCAAUGGAGAUUUAAAAGAACAUAUGUCAGGAACACAUAACCGGUCUAUUUUGAAUUGGGGAACUAGACUAAAAAUAGUCGUUGAGUCUGCACAAGGACUUGAGUACUUGCAUAAUGGAUGCAAACCACCAAUGGUUCAUAGAGAUGUCAAAACCACAAAUAUAUUAUUGACUGAGCACUUCCAAGCCAAACUUGCUGAUUUUGGGCUUUCAAGAUCAUUUCCAACUGAAGGAGAAACUCAUGUGUCAACAGUUGUUGCUGGAACUCCUGGAUAUCUUGAUCCCGAAUACUAUAGAACAAACUGGUUGACAGAAAAGAGUGAUGUUUAUAGUUUUGGUAUUGUAUUGUUGGAGAUCAUCACAAACCAACCUGUGAUAGACAAAAACCGUGAAAAUCCUCAUAUAGCAGAAUGGGCAGGAGUAAUGCUUACAAAAGGAGACAUUAAAAGCAUUAUGGAUCCUAGUCUCAAUGAAGACUACGAGUCUGCUUCUGUUUGGAAAGCCGUUGAACUAGCAAUGGGUUGUCUAAAUCCUAAUUCAGUGAGAAGACCGACCAUGUCCCAAGUUGUUGUUGAAUUAAACGAGUGUCUGGCAUCUGAAAAGGCAAGGGGAGGAGCGAGUCGGGACAUGGAAUCAAAGAGUUCUAUAGAAGUGAGCUUGACCUUUGAUACUGAAGUGAGCCCAACGGCUCGGUAGAUUACAUAAAGAAAUAUCCUACAAUACCUCAUUGAUUUUUGUUUAUCUAUAGGACUAUCCUCUAAUAUGUUUCUCUGGUAUGUCACACUUCUUAAUGAGAAAAUUUAAUAGAGAACUAGGAUGUGAAGAUAAGGGUUACCGUAGUCAACUUGAGUAAUACUCUGUUUC